CUUUACAUGGUGUUGAUUCCUCAGUUCUCCCCAUAUAACCUGUAUAGAAUCCAUCUGUAUUUUGUAUGUCUUCAUGGGGUCAUGAACUAUAACACAACCUGAAUCAGGAACAGUCCUGGGUUGUAUUCGUUAGGCACCAAACUGAAGACAGAUAACAAACUGGGAGGGACUAACUGAACCUGUCCAAUAAGAAACACUUAAAAAAAAUAUAUGAUGUGCACCAAUGAACACCAACCUGAUGUAAAAGAGGAACUCUGUAAAAUCACUGUCAAGACACUUGUCGGUUACAGGAAAUGACCUAAAACCCAGAGUUCUUCUUUCAAUGCACAUUCUCUCAGAGAACGAGUCAGAGGUGAGACCAGAGCUGCAACAUGUGUUGUUCCUGCUCUAUUAGAGGCUGGCUGCUUUUCUUCACAAUCCUACAAGUGAUUGGUGGCAUGAGUUUCAUUGUCACCCCUUGGAAGUAUUACAGGAGCAGUGAAAAUGACCUAGAUGAACGUCUGUCUCCUGUCAGAUGGACUAUCUUCACAGCAGGUGUGGUCUCCUUUCUCCUUGGCAUCACGGGUCUGCAUGGAGCUCGUAAGAAGAACAAGAACUUCCUGAUCACGUAUUCAGUUGGAUCUUGUCUGCGAUGCUUUGGACUGGGUUUUCUGACCUACUACCUUCCACCACAGCUUCCAAAUAUGAUGAAAGCCUGGUACGAAGGGUACGUCCCGUUGUACCCAAAUGGAAGAGAUGUGGUACCAGGACUGAUGCAACUGCAAACCAUUGGUGAAUGCUGUGGAUUGGUCAAUGGGUAUAAAGAUUGGGGUUCUCAUGUCCCCUCCUCGUGUACAUGCUAUCCUCUCCGACUAGAGUCCUGUGUUUUUACUGAGCAUGGCUUUGUUUACAAACAACCUUGUAUGGAUCUAAUUGUGAAGAUUUACAUGGACAUGAAUAUUGUGAGGAACACCUGUAUUUUCUACGUGGUCAUUACGGUGAGUGCUGCAUUUGUAUCGUAGAAGAGCACAACCAGUCUGAGGUCCUGAGAGCUCUGGACAAGGUUUUUAUCAAGGAUCUCUCUGUACUUCUUUUUUGUGUGGGGGGCUCCCGAGUGGCACAGCAGUCCUAUGCACUGCAUCUGAGUGCUA